CCAGCCCUGGCCCUGAAGUCCGCUCUGAGGCUCAGUACGAGAGUGGAACGCGAGCUGAGCAGACGUGGAAAUUCCAUAAAGACAAGACGCGGCGUUUGUUGUGAUAAAGGAAUAGCGUCGGCUUUUUUUUAAAUCGAAUCAGAUAAUACUCCAUAUAUACGUUUAUAUAUAUAAAUUACAAAAAUAUCCUGAAAGUGAAAACCAUUUUGGGAGCCAGUGAAACUGUGAAAAGAGUGUCCACCACCACGUCUCUGGCCAUGAGGCGACUCAAGUGUUCCGUGUUUGUGUAUCUUUUCCUGAUCUUCGAUGCCGGGCAUGCCUUCAACAUCAUUGGCCUCAACAAGCAGAUGCUCUACGAGUAUGUCGGCAAUGUACUGGUGGGAGCCAAGCCCCAGGACGAGGGACAUCCGUCACCACCUACGACAGGCUGGAUUGUGCGGGGAAAGCUGACGUUGCAGAGGCAGAGUGAAUUGGUCAUGGCAGCAGCGCUGGUCAUCGAUGAUGUAACGCUUAACAAUUCGGGGGAGAAGUUCCUGCAGAAUAAGGAGAUGUAUCCACCAUAUAAACCCUUCAAGAUCGUGCUCACAGAAAACGGCAGCAUAUCACAUGUGGUCUUCAAGGAGGGGGAUCCCAUAUGGUCCAUGAAUUUUAAGCGUGCCAUUGCCUCUGUCCUGCAGUUCCAAAUGAAGUCUAGCGGGGCCUUUGUCCUAGAUGAGCUCGGCAUUCACGGCACCUGCCGGACGGAGUACUUUGUGUCUAACAAAACCAACUACAUAUCCAUUAGGAAAACCCCCGAACUGAAGACCUGCACUCCCUAUUCGGAGGCUGUGCACAUCACCAGAAGCAAUGUCCCACCAAACACUUGCGAAUUUGAUCACCAGAAGAGCGUCAUAAUCGGAAACGAGGCCAUUUAUGGAAUGCUGCCGCACAACGAGACGGGCUACUUCCUGAGCAUGGCCCAUGCCAAGGGCACGACUCUAAUACACACCUUCGAGUCCACGGGGGAGGCGCAGUACAUAAACUCCGAGCUGCUGCUGAAUUUUCAGAACGAGACGCCCAUCGACAAUCCCAUUGAUAUUGAGACUUCCAUGGCUGCGGAACCAUCUAGCCUGGAGCUGCAGCCACUGGAACCCAACGAUCCGACGGGCGGACGCAAUCCCCAGCAGCAGGAGACACUGAUCGUCCAGGCAGGUGGACUGCUGGACAGUCUAGCCGAGGCCCUAGAGAGCACGGAGUUCAAGUUCAGUGAGCCCUACGAUUCGACGCUGUCGGACGUGAUCAAGUUGCUCAGCGAAAUGGACUUCGAGUCGCUGAAGAAGCUUUACCGGGAGGUGGACAUUGGCACCUCGUACCGCCAGGAGACCAUCCGGAAUAUAUUCCACGAGAUCAUACCCCGCAUCGGCACCAAGGCCUCGGUGUUUCUCACCCACCACCUCAUCGUACGGAAGAUGACCAAGCCGCAGAUUGCCGUGCAGCUACUUAUUCCCAUGCCAUUCCACAUAUUUGAACUGUCGGCGGAGCUGGUCCACGUGUGCGAGGACUUCUUGAAGAUUGGACCGGAUCGCCCGGACGUGCGACAGGCGGCGAUCCUCAGUUUUGCCACGCUCGUGCACAAUGUCUAUGUGGCACGAGGAAUCGACAAGGAUGAGUUCGAAGAGUAUGUUCAGAAGUACUUUAAUGCAUAUUUGAAUGACCGCGACUUUGAGCAGAAGAUGCUGUACCUGCAGGGCCUGAACAACCUACAGCUGGGAAACGUGGCCAACUACUUGGAGCCGAUUGUUCAGGAUCCCAAUGAGAAUGAGGAUCUUAAGUUUAUGGCUGCCUGGACCACGCUGCCGCUGGCACCCACCCGACCCGAGCGUAUCUACGAGAUCUAUUGGCCGAUUUUUGAGUCGCGCAACGCCAGUUUGGAGCUGCGUGUGGCGGCUGUGACCCUCCUGCUGAUCUCCAAUCCCACUGCAGCACGACUGAUCAGCAUCCAUCGCAUCAUACAGAGCGAAACGGAUCCGCAUAUGAUCAACUAUUACCGCACGACGGUCACCAGCAUAUCGGAGACCACGUAUCCAUGUUACCAGCAUCUACGACGCCUGCUUUCCUACAUGCAUCGCCAUCUGCCCCAGAAGCCAGAGCCACGUUAUUGGGUGACCGGUAAUUAUAUCUUCGACUACCGCGACUCCAAGUUCGGCAUCGGGGCCAUGCUGCAAGUCUUUUUAGUGGGCGAUCCCAAGUCGGAUAUGCCUGUGGUCGCCUUCUUCAAGUUCGAUACGGAAGCCCUAGGGAAAUUCACGGGACAACUGGCGUUGUACAUCAAGGCGAGAGGGCUGCCGGAUGCCGUACUGAACGCGAUGCAGUCGAGGAACAGCAGCGAUCCGUUCACUUACAAGAGCAUCAAGACUCUGCUGAGUAUGCUGCAGGCACCCGCCAUCAAUUCAAAGAAUCUGCAUCUAGAGUUUAUACUGCAAAUGGAGGGCAAGACAGUGCUGUCGUACUUCCUCAAUCAACGCAUGUUCACACAGUUGACAUACGAGAACCUUUUGGAGCGCCUGCAGCAGAUCAUUCGCACUGACAGUCACAUCAACAUGCAGACCGUCCGCUGGCCCUUCAUGAAUCGCUAUUCAGUGCCCACUGUGCUGGGUACCGCAUCGGAUGUGCUGCUGCAGACAACGGUGCUCACCUCGCUGCGUGGCAACAUCACGGAGCAACGCACACCGCCCAUAUCCAAGCAUACACUGGAGAUCGAUGCAAGGUACUCCUCGUAUGCCUCUGUUAGGAGUCGCAGCUACAAUCCGUUCUUGAAUCUCGAUCACGAGAUAAACCGAGAACAGGGCUUCCUCAUAUACAUUCCGUUCAGCAAUGAGCUCAACCUCAAUACCAGUGGCAGCCCGUGCACUCGGUAUUCGUUCUCGCGGCCACAGAACCUCACCAGCGGUCUGUCCUUCAAAUCACGGGCUGUGACCAAGACGCGCGGUCUCAUUACAAAGACUGCAACGGCUCCCUUUGAGGAGAUUAUGCUUCCCGAAAGGAGUAAUGAUGUGUUUCAGUUCCUCACGUAUACCAUUCCGGACCUGGGCGUCCAGCUGGCCAUCAAUACGAAUCUCAACGAACUGAUCAAGUAUCGUGGGAUGCUACUCAAAUCAGAGUUUAUAGAGAAUGGCUUCUCACGGAACAUGAUUGUCAGCCUGCUGAUGUAUGUCUUUGGCUUCACACAAUUGAGUUCCAUUCAUCUGGGUCACGAUCGCAACUUUACGCUCUUGAUGUACAAUGAAAAUGCCACCAAACUGGAAGGCAGCUUCUGUGCGGACGAUGUUUUGAAGACGGCUGACCUAAAGGGCCGACAGAUUGCCCUGACGCUCCAGCACACGGACGAGACCCAGAAUGUGGAUGCACUGCAUAGCUGGAACAUUACACUGGAUGUGCAGACCUCCACGAAAUCCAGUUGGUUCAAGGUGAUUGGUCAAAUACAGCGCAACUCCAAGGAUGAUGAGGAGGACUGGAAGGCCUGCACCAAGUUGACCUAUGAACCGCUGGUCUUCACCAAACGACCUCACACACUCAACGGCAAUGUGGUGUUUGGCCUGGCCACCGAGGAGGGCGCUUGCCCCGAACACGGAUCCACAGUGCAGUUUGCAGCACGUGCUGGUCCCUCGGAGCAUGCCAGGGCCUUUCUGCGUUCGGACAAGAUCUCGCUAACAGACACCGACUUCUGUCCCAAGGAGGUGCUCAAGUUCUCGCCCAUACCCACAUCCAAGUAUUGCAAGCGCAGCAAUUUCGAGAACUUUACCUCGAUAACGCAGUACGAUAUGGAUCUGAAAUUUAAUAAUAUGCCUGCGUGGUUUGAGCUGUGGUCCAAUCGCUUGGAUCACCUUGUGUCGGCAUUGUCUGCGCACAAGGUGGACAGCCUGCACAUGAGCCAGGAGAUUAAUAUCACAAUGCACACGCCCAACGACUACUUCUGGCUGACGGUGGAGGUGAACGGCGUCAAUUGGCGCAUCUACCACAUUCCCUUCCUCUACAAGCUGGACUCCAAGUUCGAUGCUUCGCACGAGUUGACCUAUGACUCUGGACUAAAACGCUCCUGUUCGGUGAUCAAUGGGAUGAUCAACACCUUUGACGAUUAUCUGAUCAAUCUGGGGGAGAUUAUCACGCAGCCGGAGUGUCUGACGCUGCUGGUGGCCGACUGUUCACCGCUGCCCAAGAUGGCUGUGUUCCUUACGCCCUCGCCGACCCAUGGGCUGGCCAGCAACUACGGCCUGCGCAUCCACAUUGGCCGGAACUACUUCAAUCUACACUCGCGGACAGACAACAGCAGUCAGCCGAAUGACGAGCCCGUGUUCAUUUAUGUCAACCAGGACCAGACGCCGCACGACGUACGCCAGCAGCCCUACCAAUGGCCCAUCGAGGACAGUGACUACGAUUUUCGUGUGGAACUCAACGAACAAAACAUUCUGAUCGUCGAGUGCUCGCAGAUAAGUGCCACCAUCCAGUUCGAUCUGUUCAACAUCUUCAACUUUGAGAUCUACGGCGUCUACAAGCACCAGAUGUGUGGUUUGUGCAGCAAGCCACUGAAUCGUAUGCGGAACUAUACACUCUGCGAGCCUGAGAUGAUCAGCAGUAGUACUCCUCUCCCAGCGCCGCUGCAUGAAAAUUCCACCGAAAAAGUCGUAGUUGUAUAAGCAAGACGUAUGUGUGUGUGUCUCUAAACUAAAAUAAAUCCAAAAGAGGAGCCCUAUUGGAGGAGCUUUUGAAUCCUAUUUAACUUCAA